GGCAGAGGUAGGGGGAGAUCAUGAGUGGGGUGGUUUAGCUCAUGGGACAAGGAAGGGGGGGGGGAAGCUGUGACUUGCUGAACAGGACUUGAUGCUUGCGUUCAAACAGAAGCCAAGGAAGAGCAGAUCUCAAAGCCGCUGGGAAUAAAGAGGAAACUCACUGAAGAUUCACACCCCUUGUUCCCCAGGAGAACUUACACACUACUGGGGAAUGGUUACAACAGGCUGAAAAGUCAGAGAACAUCAGGAUAAGGAGGGGGGAAAGCAGGACCGUCACUUCCAAGACAAGUCAGGGGAGCUGUUAAUGCAACAUGAUCCAGUGGGUGCUGCCCUAAAAAUACCUCUGGGCAGGAGAGUGGCAGCUAUCUCUAUCUGCUUAAUUACCUGGUAAUCAACUAUUUCUUUUUCUUUUUCAGAGAACUUUAAUUUGAGGAGAAUUUAUCCAUGGCAGAUAAGUUUCUAUAUAUUUUAAUUUGGCUUUUCAAGUAAAAGAAAGUUAGAAACUAUCUUAAAUUCAAAAAUGUGAGAACCUUGUUAACUGUAAUUUAUAUGUAAAGCCUGCUCAUAGACUCUAAUGCCCUCACUGGAUUUCGGUUUAGAAAACUGAGAGAGGGCCCAGUCAGUGUUAGCCGUACGAUCCACAUACACAGUUACAGAAUCCAUUGUAGGAUCUAGCAAAUCAGUUCAACCAUGAGAAAAGCUGAGGUGCAAAUGACCCUGAAGAAAGGGGAAGAUGAAGCAGUGGCGCUCCCGAGCCCCAUCAUCCCCCCAAAACGGUCCAAAGCGAGCCCAGAGCAAAUUGGCCCGGAACCUCACGGACCCGAUCAUCCCACCCCAACUCCACCUGUUUUUGUACGCAAAAUGAGGAACGCUGCUGUGGGGACAGGCUGUGACAUCCGUCUCAAGGUGACUGUGGCAGGAGACCCCCAGCCCUCCCUGUACUGGUACCACAAUGAUGACCUUCUCAACAUGGAGAACCAGGAGUACGGAGGGCUCUGGAUUAGGGAUUGCAAACCCAGUGAUGCUGGCCUCUACACCUGCAUCGCCAACAAUCACCUGGGAGAGGCACGGAGCAGCGCUGUACUCGCUGUCUUGGAUCUGGGUGAAGAUUCUGAAACAACAGAGGAUGAAGACCAAUUUGAGACCAAAGAAGAUAGUGGGGAUGUUGAGGACCAGGCUGAGUAUACAGUGAUGGACAAAUGUGCAGAAGAUGACAAUAGGACACAUGGACAUGAGGAUCACUCUAACACAACCAGGAGCCAGUCAGAGAAUUUUUCAAGAGAAUCUCCCCCACAAGUCCUCCCACCUCCAUCCCCAAGACUCAUCAAACGUCCCUCCACCUCUCCAAUGCCAAGUCGCUCUGGUUCAACUACACCUCUUAGCUUGCGGAAGAAAAUUGUUGUGCCAACUGAAUACCAAGACACAGUGCCUGGGGAGUUUGAAGAAAAGGUUAAGCAGCCAAAAUCCGUGUCCCAAAGUAGCACCUUGGACUCCCGACCACAGACUCCACUGAGCGAGUACUCCCGGAAAGAAUUUACUCUUAGACCAUCCCCAAAGCUUACCAGGGCAAGCUCAAAGGUUUUUGAGAAGGUCCGUGGCUUAGAAGAGCGGAGACGAAGCCUUGAUAUUCCAGAAGGUUCCAUCUCGGGAAGAUCCUGGGCAGGGUUCAAUCUUGCUGGAUCUGUGGAUUCAGAUGAUGGAGGAAGCCGGUUGGGCAUCUCCAGAGAAAGUUCAAGGGAAGAUCUAAGGGAGGCUUUGAAAGAGGAUGCUGCUGAACGGAGAUCUAUGUUUAGACAGAGAGCUGCUUCGCUGGAGGAGAAACCUCGCUACUCCCAAAAAGUUCAGGACAUUGAGAAUAAGUUCACUGAGGAGCUCCAGCGCAUUAAGAAACUUGUUGGUAAACCUCAUCUGAAGAAGUCUUUUUCAACUGAACAGCUCACUCUGAAGAGCAAGCAGCGCCAGCCCCUCAGGAAAAUUGAACCUAUUCCUCCACAAGUCCUUCAAAAGCUCCAAGAAAGGGAGCGUGCCCAGUGGGCAAUGGAACAGAGAGGAAAGGAACUAAGUCAGCAACCAAUGCAGCAACAACAGCAAACACAGCAAGAACAGCAUAAAUCCCAACCCCAGAAGACAGCAAGCAUUGGUUCAACAACUAUAACAGUCAGUAGAUUUGGAGAAGUUGCAGGCACCCCAGAGUCCAUGCAGCUAUCUGACUUACCAGGACAACGAUCAGUGAGAGAAUUAAGUAGAGUCAGUCCAGUUACAGAAAUCAUUCAGAGAUCAUCAUCCCCAGCAUUAUACCAUCAACAAAGGGAAGAAUUACCAAGCAGAAAUGUUGCUGAGAUGACAUUACGCAAGGUUGAACGAAGGCCACCAAGUCCGCUUAUACAAAGGGUAUCUCGAAUGCAAGAAUCCCAGCACAUCCAAGAAUCUCUUGCGCAAACAUCACAAAAGGAUGAGACUUCGGGGAGAAAGACACCAAUUGAACUAGUAUUAAGAAAAAUUGAAAACAGACCUGAAAGUCCACUGGUACAAAAAAGGUCUGUCAUUGUACAAGAUCUUCCUCCUCAACCUCCUUCAAAACCCUCAAGGAUGUCACCAGUCACUCCAACGGAGGAGAAAAUGGAAGUGGAGCUAUCCAAACCAGCCUUAAAGAUAAGAAUCCCCGCAAUUAUUGUUGAAGAUGAAAAGAUGGAAGAGGAUGUUCCUGUGAAGACAAGUGAGCCUCAGCAGAUUACUACCAGUGCCAAAGAGGGACGACAGCAAAAGACCAAAGGAAAGAACCGUCGCCCUCGACCCAUGUCUCCAGAGUUAGAUUCUUCAGAUGAUUCUUAUGUGUCUGCUGGAGAAGACCCAAUGGAGGCCCCUGUAUUUGAGUUUCCCCUCCAAGACACUGUAGCAUCUGCUGGUGCAGAUGUGCUACUAAAAUGUAUCAUUGCCGGCACUCCCAUUCCUGAAGUUACCUGGACAAAAGACAACACUGAAAUCACCAGCAUUGCAAAUUCCACAGUCAAAGUGGAGGGUGAACGACACAGUCUGCUCAUCAAAUCAGCUAGAAUAAGUGAUGGUGGAAAAUACUGUGUAACUGCUGUUAAUCAGGUGGGCAGAGCAUCCAGCAGUGCCACCCUUAUAGUUAAAGUAGAGUCUGCGCAGGAGCCAAAGGGAAACCUGGGCAUGCCUAUGGAUAUCAGCAGCCCUAUUACAUCUGAUGAGGAGUAUCUCAGUCCCCUGGAGGAAGGCAUGGAUUUUGGAGGGCCAGAGCCAAGGCGAACAAUUGACACACGAUUCAGGAAACCCCCUGCAUUCCUGGUAACAAUGAGUGAUCAAGCUGUCAUUGAAGGACAGGAAGUCACCAUGUCUGUCCAAAUAAGUGGACAACCCAAACCCAUGCUCUAUUGGCUGAGGGACAGAGUUACGGUAAAAACAGGGCCACGUCACAUUGUACGUGAGACAGAAGAUGGCACUUUUGAAAUGACCAUCAAGUCAGCAGUGAGAUCAGACUCUGGGAUUUACACCUGUAAGAUCAUUAAUGAGUAUGGGACAAAGCAGUGUGAAGGAAAGCUGGAGGUAAAAGCACCACCAGUUGAGCCAGGUCUGGCUGUCAUCCGCCCGGUCAGGGACAUCACAGCCAAGGCUGGAGAGACAGUUUUGUUUGAGUGUCAUGUCAUCGGACCGAAGGACACUGAUGUGGACUGGCUUGCAGAUGGGAAACUGAUCCAGCCGGCAUUGCUCAACUGUAAGAUGCACUUUGACGGAAGAAAAUGCCGGCUGCUGCUCAACUCCGUACACGAGGAUGACAGCGGGACAUACAUGUGCAAGCUUAGCACAGCUAAAGAGGAAGUGACUUCAUGUGGCAAACUCAAAGUCAUCCCUUCAAUUGAACCUCUCUUCACUCGCAAGCUGGACAUUCUAGAAGUGAUUGAGGGGCGUAACGCUCGAUUCGACUGCAAAGUCAGUGGGACGCCGUCUCCUAAGGUCAUCUGGAGUCACUUUGACCAUCCGCUCACAGAAAGUGAGGAAAUUCGUAUUCUUCAGGAGGGCGGACGCCACUCCCUCAUCAUUUCUCAUGUGACCAAUGAAGAUGAGGGUUUUUACACUGUCACGGCCCGUAACAGUCACGGUGACGCAGAGACCUCCGCCGAACUUUACAUACAAGAACCACGACCAGCCAUCUCCUCACAGAUGUCUAAACUGGAGAAGAUGCCAUCCAUCCCAGAGGAGCCAGAGGUCCCAGAGAAUGAGGUGGAGCGUUUCACUAUGCCCGACUUCAUCAAACCCCUUUAUGACCUAGAUGUGAUCGAGGGAAAGGAGGCAGUGCUCAAAUGUAAAGUGGCUGGGUUACCAUACCCCACCAUCGUCUGGUUCCACAACGGCAAAAGGAUUGAGAGCACAGAGGACAGAAAGAUGACACAGUUUCGUGACGUCCACAGCCUGGUCAUCCGCUCUGUGUGCCAUGCCCACGGUGGCGUCUACAAGAGUGUCAUCUCUAACAAAGUUGGCAAGGCCACCUGCUAUGCUCAUCUUUAUAUCACAGAUAUCCUUCCUGACCCUCCUGAUGGGACUCCAGUGAUAGAAUCCAUCACUGGUAAAACCAUCACCUUAAGCUGGAAGAAACCAAGGAGGCUGGACCCUUCCAUUGAUCCCAGCUCCCUGGUGUAUGCCAUCCAACAACAAGCCCUGGGCUCCAUCCAGUGGAUCAUCAUAGCUUCUGGCCUUAAGGAGACCACCUACACCAUCACCACCCUCUCCAAAAGUGUGCGCUAUGCUUUCAGAGUCCUGACCAUCACCUCCAAAGCCUUCAGCAAGCCCUCACCUGCCACCGACCCAGUGCAGCUCCUGGAUCGAGGUUCCUAUCUUCAGGAGGCACCAGUGAUUAUUGAUAAGCCAGAAAUUGUAUAUGUGAUUGAAAACCAGUCAGUCACCAUCACUGUCACCCUCAAUCAUGUCAAUGCUGCAGUCAUCUGGAAGAGGAGGGGAGGGGUCUUGGCCAGCAAGCCAGGCCUGUACGAGAUGACAAUGCCAGAUGACGACCAGCACACGCUGAAGCUGCUCAAAGUGAAGAGCGCUGACAUCGGAGAGAUGGUGUUUGUGGCCUCCAACAAGUAUGGCAGUGACAGCUGCACCUUCAACGUGGAGAUGGCAGCUCCACCAACAUUUGAAACUAUCAUGGAGGACUUAGACGUUUGUGCUGGGGAGACCCCUCGAUUUGCUGUGGUUGUGGAGGGCAAACCCAUACCUGACAUCCUCUGGUUCAAGAAUGAUAUCCUGCUGUCGGAGAGCAGUCAUUACACUUUUGUGUACGAUGAUAAUGAAUGUUCCCUGGUGGUCCUAAAUGCUCGUUCAGAAGACUCUGGGGUUUACACCUGCACUGCUAGGAACUUGGCAGGAUCUGUGUCCUGUAAAGCUGAACUCACCAUUCAUGAGGCUAAACGUAAAGAGGAUCCAUUGGAUGAUGAGGAGACUGUUCUAAGGAAAAUGCGCAGACUAACUGACAACUAUGACAUCCAUAAGGAAAUCGGAAGAGGUGCAUUUUCCUAUGUGAAACGUGUGACCGAGAAGGUAGGCAAAAUGGAAUAUGCUGCAAAGUUUAUCUCCACACGGGCCAAGAAGAAGGCGUCUGCUCUUAGAGAGAUGAACCUGCUUUCCAAGCUGGACCACGAGAGAGUCCUUUACUUUCACGAUGUCUUUGAAAAAAAGAAUGCAGUCAUCAUCAUUACUGAAAUAUGCCAUGAGGAGAUGCUUGACAGAUUUACAAGGAAAUCUACAGUAAUGGAGUCUGACGUACGUUCAUGUAUAAGACAAUUGCUUGAAGGAGUGGACUACCUUCAUCAUCUAAACAUCAUUCACCUGGACAUUAAGCCUGAUAACAUCCUCAUGUCAGACCCCCAUGGGGAUCAGAUCCGAAUCUGUGACUUCGGCAACGCAGUGGUGAUCAAACCUGAUGAGGCUCAAUACUGCAAAUAUGGCACACCAGAAUUUGUUGCACCAGAAAUUGUCAAUCAGACCCCUGUGUCAAAAGCAUCAGACAUCUGGUCAAUUGGAGUUACUGCAUAUCUGUGUCUGACAGGGGUUUCUCCAUUUGCUGGAGAAAAUGACCGCAGCUCCGUACUGAACAUCAGGAACUAUAAUGUGGCCUUUGAGGAGAGCAUGUUUGCUGACCUUUGCAGAGAGGCUAAAGGGUUCAUCAUAAAGCUGCUGGUAGCAGACAGGCUGAGACCUAAUACUCAGGAAUGUCUCCGACACCCCUGGUUCAAGACACUUAGCAAGGGGAAGGCCAUAAGUACAGAGGCUCUGAAGAAGUUUGUAUCUCGCAGAAAAUGGCAGCGUUCACUAAUCAGCUAUAAAUCAAAAAUGGUCAUGAGGUCCAUACCCGAGUUGCUGAAUGAUUCCUCCAGCCAUAUCUCGAUUGCAGUUCCCAGGCACCUUAAAGAAGGUUCACCUUUGCCAUCAUCAUCCUCGGAUUCUGAUGAAGACAUUGAUGAACUGCCAUUUAUUCCAAUGCCACUUAACAUGGAAUUCUCUGGAUCAAGGAUGUCAUUGAAUGACAUCCAGACCAAUGAGCAGGAACCAGGAAAGCAGGAUGGAACAAGUAAAUGGUCUGGAUCUCCUGUUCAAUCCCAGGAGGCAAUGGAGUGUGACCCUAAACAAAUGGAUAAAGAAGGGAUUGAAUUAACAGUUAAAGGCCACCUGCGGAAAAGGUUGUCACAAGACAAUGACAGGGGUUCCUCAGACGAAGAACCACCUGCUGAAUUGCCACAAAAGUCAGAGCUGACUAGAAAACCCCUGCGAAGAGGUUCAAGCAUGGAGUCAGACAAACCAGAGGGUGGACGACGAAGAGGAGAGCUAAGACGUGGAGGCUCAGCCGACAGUGCAUUGCUGCUCCGGAUUACACCUGAGGAAGGAGCUGGAGAAGGAAACCAAGAGGAUGGCAGGAGAGUUCUCAAGAAAGCUGUCUCCAUGGAACUACCAAGGAGGAGCACCAGCCCAGGAACUGCCAAGAUGAGUCAAGAAGACUACGCUCUUAAACUGGAGCUGAUGAGACAGCGAUUGCUUCGCGGUGGCUCUGUGGACAACAAGAUGAGUGGACUGAGAGGGCCUCUGUUGGAAACAUUAGGAAUGGGAGAUGAAAAACGUGCAAUAUCCUCAGAUCGCUACUCUCGUUCUACUCGUUUGGGCCCACCUCCACUAACUAGAGCUGCAUCCAGCGAUUCCGCAAGGGACGAAGUUCCCAAACCCAAAGUUUUGCGCAAAACUGCUUCUUUCAGUCAAGGUGAUCAAGAACCCAUAGCUUUACACCGCCGGUCAGGAGCUCCCUUGGAGAUUCCCUUGGCACAGAUAGAAGAGAGAAGGCUCAAGGAGGCUAUAUCAAUGUCAGCUCUCACUGAGCAAACCAAGCUAGACUCCCGUCCAGUGACUCCCAGGGAACCUUCGCCAAAACCGCCAACACCAGAGUCUGUUGUGCAGGAAAGUCCAACCAAAACAGAAAGUGAGGAAUCAUUCAUGGAGAAAGAGAUAAAGCCUGAUGAGACUAUGAGCGAAAAGAUGGAUGGGCUUACUACAGAUAGUAAUUUUGAUGAGAGAUCGAGCACAAGUGGUUUCUCAGAGAAGGAUAUGAGCAUAUCAGAAGAACCAAUGAUUGAAUCAGAGUAUACGGGCCAGAGAAUUCCUACACCUCCUCUUGUGGUCCAAAGCUCUAAACUAGAAGAAAAAAUGGAGGAAGAAGAAGGACAAAAAGAGAAAGAAGAAAAAGAAGAGAUUAUGAAAGAAGAAGAGGAAAGAAUUAUCAGCGUUGCUGGAUCAAAUGCUAAAGAAAAUGUGGAAGUUUCUGAAGAAAACAUAGAAGAAGAAGUAAAUAUGCCUGCUAAAUCUUCUGAUAUGAUCAUAACCACAAGCACAGUUAGGGUGAGACCAACACAAGAAUAUUCUCAUCCCCCAUCAAAUGUUGUGUCAACUUAUGUAACACCCUCGCUUCCUGCUCAAGUUGCUCUUCCAGAUGGAAGGAUUUCAGCAUAUGCCAGUAUUAUGCAGACUAUCACGGUCCCUUCAGUUCAGCCUCUUAAUGACCAGCCUUUAGGCACCUCUACACCUGUUGUUGUGCCAGCCACCUCGUCAUCCUCAGUGUCAACUGAAACAUUUUUACCCACAUCUUCACCUGCCAGCAUGCCCUCUGCUUUACCUGGUCCACCAAAGCCAGCCAUCGUGUCAAGCACGGAGCACCCAGCUGUAUACUCCAGGGUAGCAUCACCAGAAAUGAUCACAAAAGAACCCAGUCCACCAAAGACUACCACACAUUCCUCAUCCCAACAAGAGCUCUCAGCAGGAGUUGACUUAGAGGACAUUACCUCUGAAGAGGUAUUUGAGGCCCGCUUUAAAAAACGUGAGUCUUCCCUCUCAAGAAGUCUAAAAUUUCUGUCACGGUCAAAGAAUGAGGACAAAUCACAAGCAACUUCAUCAGACUCUACAGAGUCAGGUGAAGAGAUAUACAGACCUGGACCAAUUGGUGCACCAUUGGAAUUAGCACCAAGGAGACUUGAGGAGAAGUCAAAGUCAGUCCAGGACCUUCGUGAAGCUCAAAAGGACCAAGGCUUUAUGAGAAGGCUCUCUAUGCGCCUGAAGAGAACUCCGUCAGCUGAGCGCAAGGAAGAAAUGUCCAAAGAAGAAGAUUCAGUUGCUUCAAAACAUAGGCUUUCUUGGACUCUCGGCCGAAGAGGGUUACAGGACAAGAAAGAAGUAGAGAUGACGCGCAUGGAUGGUGGAGGUGAUACGUUGGUGGAACAAGAUGAAAAGGAGCUUAAGAAACCUAAUGAAUCACCGGUCUUGGCAAUGCGCAGAAAGAUUGAAUCAACAGUGGCUGGGAUCUCUACUAGAAUUCGCAGCUUCUCAGAGGAAAGGAGAGCAUCAGAGGACAAAGAACCCAAGAGGACACCCAUUCUUUCCAUGCUUCGUCGUUCGACAUCUGAGAGCCGUUCUAUGAAGGUUACCGGUGUUCCUCAGAACCAGCUGGCAUCUCAGGCCAGUAAUGGUGCCUCAUCAGAGUCUCUAGACUCUAUGUCCAGCCUAAAGUCAGAAACAUCAAAGGGUGUGGAGGGUGAGCGCAGAUCCCGCUGGGAUCGAUGGGGGCUGACCAGAGGGAAGCGAGACAAGACAGUAUCACAGCCUGACAUACCAACAGCAAUCUCUAGAGAAAAUAGUUCCCUACGUUCACGCCAGUACUCCAGACUGGCUUCUGAUUUCCCUCCAGUAUUCCACAUCAAGCUGAGAGAUCAUGUCCUGCUGGAGGGGGAUCCAGUCACACUCAGCUGUCUGCCAGCAGGCAGCCCCCACCCACACAUCACCUGGAUGAAAGAUAAGAAGCCCCUGGAGAUAGAUGCCAGGAUGAACAUGAUUGCCUGCCCUGAUGGCCGGCAGCUACUGAUGAUCAUGCAGACCACCAAAAAGGAUGCAGGGGUCUAUGAAUGUGUUGCUACAAACCCCCUGGCCUCUGUGUCCAGCUCAUGCACAAUAUCUCUUGCUCGUCUACCCAAUCGUCCUGGGACCCCUGAAAUACCUCAGAAGUACAACAACACAGCCUUGGUACUGUGGAGACCCUCAGACACCAUGGCUCCCUGCACAUAUUCUCUGGAGAGGAGAGCAGAGGGUGAGACCAACUGGUUGAUUGUGGCAACAGGGGUGGCAGACUGUUAUUACAAUGUGGUUGACUUGCCAGCAGGGGGCUCCUUCAGUUUUAGGGUGGCAUGUGUCAAUAAAGCUGGCCAGGGCCCCUACAGCAACAUCUCAGAAGUAGUAAGCCUAGCUGCUUCAGAACCAGCUAAAUCCAGUGCUACUGUGGUGGUCAAGACUGUCCCAGCAACAACUCCUCCUCCCCCUGUGGUGAUGAUGUCAUCCAUGAAAGUGCCUCCCAUUAAACCAGCUCCUAGUAAAUCCAUUACAGUAACACCUGUCCCUCCCUCAACUUCAGCUCCUGCUCAAUCUGUGGCCAAGUCUGCUUCUCCAGUAACCAUCAAACCCACUGUGCAGGUUAAUGCUAGCCGUCCUGCUGUUACUCCACCCGUUAGUGCCACCCCCUCCGAACAAGCUCCUGUUCAGACCACCACAGCUGUCCAAGCCACGCCAGCCAAAGCCAAGACCACCCUUAGCAUCAGUGUGAGCAAACCCCAAACCAAAUUGGCACCUCCCCCUGUUGUCCCACCCAAACCUCAGAGUCCGGUAAAUGCACCCCCCAUAACCAAUAAACCCCCUUCUCCUGUACCACCACCUGCACGUGUCAUUGGGAAACCUAUUUCAUCUGUUCCCAUGUACAUACCAGCUGCGACCGUUCGUGCUACUCCGCCUUCUCAAUCUAGUUCCACCCCGACAACCACCACCCCUUCAGUCACUCCUGUAACUGUCUUACCGCCCGUGGUGGUGGUGCAGAGCUUGACACCAGUGCUGCAGGGAGGAGACAGCCAGAGCACCCCAUCUGGACGGGUCACACCAUCGGGACGGGCCACACCUUCGGGACGCAGGACACCGUUGGGCAAGCCUGGAGAGGGAUCUCUGCGGCAAGGGGUUCCACAGAAGCCUUACACCUUCAUGGAUGAGAAAGCAAGGGGUCGGUUUGGUGUGAUCCGUGAGUGCCGGGAAAACGCCACAGGCAACCUCUUUAUGGCUAAGAUUGUUCCAUAUGAGGCAGACAGCAAGCAGGAGGUGCUGCAGGAAUACGACAUCCUCAAGUCACUUCAUCAUGACAGGGUGAUGGCUUUGCAUGAAGCUUAUGUCACACCGCGCUACUUGGUGCUUAUUUCUGAGUACUGCAGUGGGAAGGAGCUGCUCUUCAGCCUCAUAGACAGAUUCCGUUACUCAGAGGAUGAUGUGGUGACCUAUAUUGUGCAGAUACUCCAGGGUCUGGACUAUCUCCAUACCCGACGCAUCCUCCACCUGGACAUCAAGCCAGAGAACGUCAUCGUCACCUACAUGAACGUCAUCAAGAUUAUUGACUUUGGCAGUGCUCAGACUUACAACCCCCUCUUCCUCAAGCAGUUUAGCCCUCCUAUUGGAACACUGGAGUAUAUGUCUCCAGAGAUGUUGAAAGGGGAUGUUGUGGGCCCUCCAGCUGACAUCUGGAGCGUGGGCGUACUGACUUUCAUCAUGUUGAGCGGCAAGUCGCCUUUCAUUGAGAAUGAUCCUCAGGAGACUGAAGCCAGGAUCCAGGCGGCAAAGUUUGACCUCUCUAAACUUUACCAGAAUGUGUCCCAAAGUGCCUCCCUGUUUCUUAAAAAGAUCCUCUGUAGCUACCCUUGGGCCCGUCCCUCCAUUAAGGACUGCUUCAGUAACUCCUGGCUUCAAGAUGCCUACCUGAUGCGCCUUCGUCGGCAGACCCUCACCUUUACAACCACCCGUCUCAAGGAAUUCUUAGCCGACCAGCAGCGCAGGCGAGAGGAGGUGGCCACCAAGCACAAAGUUCUCCUGCGGUCCUACCAGAGCUCGCCACAAACCCCCACCAGCCCCGCCACGCCAAAUGUGCCAAUUUCACCCACCACACCUGUCACCCAGUGAAAACAGGCUUCCAAACACCAUUUGCUGGGACUUUAAAGGGGGAACAUCCUCAGACAAGACUUUGGGCGGCGAGGUGGGGUAGUACCUUCAGGUUUGAGUUGUUGAACUUGGUCUGAAGAAAAAAAAAAACCUCUAGAAACCAGCAGUGGCUGUUAUCCACAGAGACGUCACUACAUUUUCUUUUCUGGUUCUGAAAGAGAAUGCUUUCACAACGAAGGAAACUCUUACAAAGUUACAAGAGCCUGACUGCAAUUUUUUAUAUGGUGGACCUUGUUCAUACAAGGCCGGAUGUUGUCUUCAAGUUAGUACCUCAAGGUUUGUAACUUUGCAUACAUUUUGGAUAAAUGACUUCCUUUCUUACUGUCAACUCUACAAUGAUUAGAGGGGACACAUAUUAAUACAUUGUAGUAACCCACCAUGGAAGGCCUAAAAUGUUGUUAUAGAGUUUAGAUGUUAAAAAUGUUGUUUCAUUUAAGUACAAGUUAUUCACAAGAUUCCAAAAUAAUGAAUACUUAGCACAAUUUCAAAACAAGAAGUGCUAAAACAAUUGCAACACCUCAACUUUAUCAGUCUCAUAUUCAAAUGUUUCCUGAGCAGAAGUUCACCGAUGAUGUCUAAAUCUGUGUCCUUGAUUAAGGACAGCCUAGAAUGCUAAAUAUUGCUCUCUAUAAACUUAAUCCAACUUUAAUUAAUGUGGUGUUAUCUGUGCUACAGAACCAGGGGUUUUAUACUGCUGUAGCAUCUCAGUGAUUGUCAAGAUUGUAGCAGUUCCUGUUACUUUUUUGUUUUGAGUUUUUAAAGUUGAGUUCAGAGGAUACAAUGGAGGAUUCUCUACAAGGGCUAUUGGAAAAGGAAUCAGCACAAAUUUCUUCCCUAAUGUUACAAAAUACUAGUUCCUUCACCACAAAUAAGCUAACAACCACCACAUUGGCUUCCAGGUAAACUAAACUCUUCCACUCAGCCCAGUGUAAUGAUCCAGUUUGAUUAGCCAUGCAGAGAUAUUUACACUCAUCUCUGAGUUUACUAAAAUGAGGUUUACACGUUUGCUGAGUCAGUCAGUCAAUGUAUUCUUAGACUGUGCAUACAGAGCUUUGCCUGGGAUAAAAAAACAUCAUUAAAUGGAAGAUUAUUCAGGGGGUUAGUGGUAAACUGAAUCACUUUAGAAACCCACUGGUGAUGCUAGGGUGCCUCCAAGUGCCCUUAACCAGUUAGCAUUAGUCAGCAUAAAACAUAGCCUCUACAAUUCAUUGAGAAAGAAUGUUUAUGAAGACAGUGUUGAGUGUAUUAGUUCUUAUUUUAGCUGUAAUAAACAGCUACUGCUUUGAAAAAAAGGGUUUGUUUAAUUUGGAUUUUUAUAAAUUAGUUUUUAAAUGGCAGAACUUUUUAUAAAUAAAGUUAAGUAAGAUUAAGUAAGAAGGGUUAUAAUUAGCAUUAUAUUUUACAUAAAUUAUGAUUUAUUUAUUCCCUUAACCAAAAAGGUUUUCAACCCAUACUAGCUUACAAGACACUGUACACAGUGAUAAACAUAAAUUAAAUCAUAUGCAACAUUGCAGCACCUGCAGACAUGAAAUCAUAAAUUAAAAAAAAGAGAGAGAGAGAUAAUUGCUCUUAUUCCAUGCUCUAUGUAUGACAAUAUUGAAGACUGCAUUUGGACACAUACUGACAUUUGUCCCUUGGUUCGAUUGAAAGUAGAAUAUGACUCAGUGACAUAUUGGUGUUUAAAAGUUAUUGUGUAUGGUCUCAGUUCUCAGUAUGGUCAUGUGCAAGGGAUUACUAAAGUAAACAGUUAUUUGGUUUACAGUAUAGUCUUUUUCCAAAUAUAUUGUUAAUGUCACCUUUUGCCCAAUUAUAGUUCAUCCUUAAUAUUUGUUUUGGAAGUCUGUCCUCAGGCAUAGAGUCAAUUCCAGUACAUUUGGUUUAACAUUACAUUGAUCAUAAAUCAUUUGCACAAAUGUCAGAUUUUCUAUCAUUUUGCAUGUAUUGAUACAGAUUUGUACACACACAAAGUGUCAUUUCUGUGACAGAUUGGAUUAAUUUAAUAGAAAGUAUCAAGGAAUCACAAUCAGACACUGAUGAGUCUUUUAUGAUGAUAUCACAUAAAGCUGUGCCAUACAUUCACACACUCAUGAGUUGUUUUAAUCUGUGUAUUGACUGACAGAGAUUGUUGGUAAUUCUAUGAAAUUAUUUUACCAGUUCUAUUUAUUCUAAUGCUAUUGCUAGAUAAAUACUGCCCUUUUUCUGCAGCUCUUUGUCUUUUUUGCUGAGUCAGUUUUCUAUGCAGAGUAGAAGAGGGAGUUGUUUUAAACCUGAAUGAAAACAUGCAAGAUCAGCAUGAGAGUGCAAUGUUGCACUCGGUUCUAAACGUCUGUGCAAUAUAUUAUGUUCUUUAAUCAUAUAAAAUUAAAUACAAACAGGGUUUUGAAAAAGAUGUUGAACGCUCCACAUUUUGUAUUAAAAUCCUAUGCCGUAUUUUAUGGAAUGUGUUGCAGUGCCUCGUGAUGGAUAUUAGACCCACAAAGAAAAGAGUUUGUUAAAUGAAUGACAUGUUUGUGUUUCGCAAUUUGUUUAUUUAUUGAGUGACUGUAUUUGUUAUAGCUUCUGCUUUUUAUUUUGUGAAAUUUCUGAAUUUGGCAUGGAAAAGGCAUGACAGCUGUUAAGGCUAUGAAUAAUAAAGGAAAUAUAUGAAUACAA